AUGGAGCGCUGCACUGUUGCAGGCAUUCUCCAGACGCCACAUGCAUUCAAGAAGCUACAAGAAAUCAUCUGCUCAAUUGCCGACUGCAUGUCGGUCACUUUCAAGGCCACCGACGAGAUAGAGCGGGGACGUAUCCACCUGGAGAGCAGGGAUAUCUACUUGCAUCUGGUCGACGCCAUGCGUGAAGACCACUGCUGGUCGGCCCAGAUGGUCGAAUCCGCCAACAGGGACAUGAAAAACGGCCACAGACGCGCUCACUUUUCCCUUCUGGAGCGAUCCGGAGCAAAAGAACCCUUCUUGGCCACUAUUCUGAACGAGGCUAUCGACCUCUUGGCAAAGGAGCGUCAAGUAGGAUCACAAUCCGCGUCGUCGCGCGCGGUGCGCAGCGUUCCUACCUUUCACGUGCACCACGAAAAUCACCCUCUUGUUGUGGCGAAGGCGAAGUCUGACCGCAGCGAGGCCACGCUCGACGACGACCAGGAGCAGUUCACAGAGUUUUUCUGCCGCCUGAAAACCGCCGUCCACAAUGCGGCCAGUGUCAUCCUGGAGCAGAAGCCCCCAGCACUGGAUGCCAGGUCGACCUCUCUUUUUGGCGACGCUCAAGCUGCAUUCGUACAAUAUGAACAAGCAGCUCAACGCUAUCGACAGUCCCUCGAAACUCAAUAUGCGCAAAUACACGAUCAAGUGCGCAACAUUCUUGGCCCUGCUGUUCUGGCUCUACGAGCACUUAUCCCCGACCUCCCCAACCGCUUGAACUCCGCAAUCAGCUCUUCUCCUGAUACUGCAAACUCUCACCCCAUCGGAGAAGUACCUCACCGCGCCAGCUUCUGUUAUAUCGACCCAGAAGAGGACCAGGUUGAGGCCAUCAUGAAGGAGCUGGAGAAGCAGGUCAAUAUGAGCUCGCUGAUGGCAAAGGACCGCGAAGCAGCGGGAGAUUCAGAGCAGCAGUACGAGGAGGCGACCGAACGUCUGGAUAAUCGCACAUUCGACCUCAGCAUCGUUCUUCCCCGCCUGCUCAGAGAAGCGGACACUGCCAUGGAGAAUGACUCCGAAGCGGCUCAAUGUGCCGCGGCGGCGGUUCAGAUUAUGGCCAUGGCGGCCUAUUGCGAGCCGUUCCGCUACGCGUUCGCCAACAUCAGUGCUUUGGCGCAAAGAUCAAGUCGAGAACCCUGCAUUUCGGACAUCUGCGCAGACGGCCUGGGUAUUGACGUGAACAUGACUAUCAAAACAACCCUUUUGGAUGCUGUGGCACCCCAGUCGGCCAAGCUUGGGACGGGCGACUACAAGAAUCCUCCUGAGAUUGGUCGCCACAGUCUCCACCCCAGUUACUCCCGCCGUAUCCUGGAGGGUCAGGAGUACAUCUGCCCCCACUGUCGCCGACUUAUCGACUACGAACCUGAGCAGACGUUCAAUUCCAGCAGGGCAGGUGCACUUGUGGGGCUGCAUGCGGAAAAGGCAGAGGUACCAUACAUGGUGAAGUGCGCGCGGGCCCUCGACAUGGUCAUCGACCUGGCCUAUCUCGUCAAAGGCCUUGCCCACGGUGUGCGACGAGCAGCAGUGGAGCGUGGCCAUGCUAGUGAGGUUUAG